UAAACAUGGCAGCGCCGUCCGGAGGGCGAUAUUCUGAAAAUAUUCCCAGUAUGGAAAGUUUCCCGUUCCCUUUACCUGGCAAGGCAUCAGGAGAAGGUCUGGGGAAAGAUCAAGCAGAGAACACACACUCGAAAAAGAAACCAUGUAGAGCAUGUUCGGAUUUUAAAUCAUGGAUGAAAGUUCAGAAGAAACAGGCGUCCUCAGUCUCAGAACAGGAAACACAAGCGGCUGGAGAUGUUGAGAAACAAGUGGAGUGUCCCCUGGACAGACAGGAACUAGGGAGGAGUUCAUGGUCUGUUCUCCACACUAUGGCAGCAUACUACCCGGAUACACCCACAACAACACAGAAACAGGAAAUGUCUCAGUUUAUUAAUCUCUUUUCAAAAUUCUUCCCUUGUGAAGAGUGUGCUGAAGACCUGAGAGCAAGACUGAAAUCAAACCAGCCAGACACAAGUAGCCGUCAUAAUUUCUCACAGUGGCUAUGCCAGCUCCAUAAUGGCAUCAAUGUCCGAUUAGGAAAACCAGAGUUUGACUGCACGCAAGUGGAUGAGCGGUGGCGAGACGGCUGGAAAGAUGGCUCAUGUGAUUGACAGCCCUAACAAUGUUGUCUGACCAUUAAGCCGUUGGUCAUAGUAAUUGUGGCCUGCUGUGUUUAGUAUGUCUUAUAAACAUGUUAUAAAUGGCAAACUAUGUAUGAUUAUAUUUUUAUGAACACAAUUAUAUUUGUAAUUUAAAGUCUGCUGAUAAGUGUAUGCACUGUGAGUUUCUUAAUGGUUAAUGAUGACAGUAAACCUAUUUACACUGUUACUGCUACCUCUUCUAAGCAUUAGUCUUGCAUACGGUACAGUUCUAAAAAAGUAAGUGAACCCUUGAAUUUAAUAACCUGUAAAUUCCCCUUCAGUAGGAAUUACCUCAACCAGAUGUUUCCUGUAGCUGCAAAUAAGAUUUGCCUAAAGGCAAGGAAGACAUUUGGACCAUCCCUCCCUUCAAAUGUGUUUCAGUUUAUCAAUAUAUCUGGGAUGGGGUCAGGACACCUAAUUGGCCAUUCAAAAACACAAAAAAUUAAAACAAUUAAGUUGAUAUACUGGUGUGCUUUGGGCCAUUAUUACCCGAUGUCUCUUCAGCUUAAGGUCAUGGACUGCUGCAUUUACAUUCUCCUGUAAAAAAUUUUUGAUAUAUCUUUAAUUUGAUCACAAGGCAGCCCCAAACCAUAAUGCUUCCACCAUGCUUCACAAUUAGGAUGACGUUUUGAUGUUGGUGUGCAGUGUACUUUUUCCUCUAAGGAUAGUAUUGUGCAUCUAUGCAUCAAAUUUUCUCCCAGAGUCAUUGUGGAACAUCUAGGUGGUCUUGCAAAAUGGGCUUUGCACAGAAGUGGCUUUCUUUGUGGUGUACUUUCAUGUCAGUUUAUGUUCACAUCAAGCAACAGAAUGGAAAUAAAUGUGAUCUA